AUGAGUUAUAGACUCAAGGUGCGGGUUUUUUUUUGAUAUUGUACGCUUCUCUUUCGAAAAGGCUAGUUACAGAUAUUUGAGCCAUUUCCCUGUAGUCAGCUCCUGAAUUUGACUUCGAUAAGCGUGUUAGAACAACAGCAAUCCGAACUUCUGAACCCCGAGGGAAACCAGUAGAGCCUCGGGCGAGACGGUCCACCACCCCCAGGGAAGGAGUGACCAGACCGGACCGCGGCGAGCAUUUCCGGCGACUUAAUGGAGUUCGUGGGAGCUCGCCUCAGUCUGUUUGUCGGCUCGCUUUCUGCUCCGCGCGAUGAUCGUCAUCUUUCUUCUCCUCUUGCCUCCGCUCACCAAAGGUUCCUCCUUGUGUUCGCCUUUUUCGGAAUUCCAGCAAUGCGGAUCGUCUUUUGCAAGAGAUUUUUCAAUAGAUUGACAUGAAUUUGUUAUACGGAAAAAGAUCUUUAUAGAAUCUUACAAGGAAGGUCGCGGUAUGAAAUUCAGCCAGAAGAAUCCUUGAUGUGUUAAAAGAAGGUCCUGAAAAUGUGCACAACUUCCUAGUUUUGGAUAAACACGAGCUCUAACCCCAAAAUAGCCCAUUCUACGAGCUUUGAGGUGUCUUUUUCAAAAACUAAGUAUUUGUGCAUUUUUAUGCUUUCAGGUUCUUCAUCUGAUACAUCAAAGAGUGUUCUGGACACUUCUUAGAAAAGUUUCAACCAAAAAGUAGAUUGAUCUUCCUUGUUAGGUAAUAAAAAAGUUCUACAUUAUUUUUAUUAAUACCUCCAACUUCAGGGAUACCAGAAUUCUGUCCAAAACGCGAUUCCUUUGCAAAGCCACCAGACGAAUUCUGCGAAACGGCUUCGGACCCCAACAAGUUACCCAGGUCGCCUAUAGAGAAAUGGUUUACCAAGGAAAUGUUCGAGGUUGGAAUAAAUCGUUUAAAAGAUCAUCAACUUUUCCAAGGACCUCUUUCCGAAAGCCAAUCUUGGCCAUGGUCCAGACGACUGUCUACCGUACUCCUAUGACGCUUUCGUCAUAGCCGCUCGCUAUUUUCCUGACUUUGGAGCAGCUCAUCCUAACAAGGUUUCUCGGAACAACAAGAUGAAACGGAAUAAAGUACGCUGAUAAUACUAAAACAUAAAUAUUCAGGCCUACAAGCCGAAAGAACACCACGCUCGGGACGUCGCCGCCUUUUUCGCUCACGCUUUGCAAGAAACUGGCGAAAACGACGUCUCCGUGUACAAGUGAGGCACUCUUCGUUACAAUGAGCAACACUGAGACGUUCAGUGACACGGACUUGACGCUGGAUCAGGCUCACGAGUGUUUCUACCGUGGCGGAUUCUACAACUGGUUCGAGCGUGGUCCCAACAGCUCCUUUCUGCUGCCGACUUUCCCCGGUUUCAGUCCGAUCGACGGCAAAAGGUGGGGAUGAAGAAGGGAAGAAGUAUUGAGUCGACUUCAGGUGCGUUCCAGAAGGUCAGUAUUGCAAAAAGGACCCGGUCUUGGAUUUCUGGUAUCCGUGCAACGAUGAGACAGAGAGCCACAUGAACCAGACCUACCAUCGAGGAUGCUACUUUGGUCGGGGAGCUUUGCAGGUCUCGUUUUGGGACAGUUUUUUCAUCAGUGCUUUGGAGGAACACAUGGAAUAGCAAGGAACGUUAGUUAACUCAGAUUUUCAGAAUUCUUUUCGCAGAUUUUCAAAAAGUUCUUGGAAGAACUAGAUGAAGAUUUUGAAUUUCUCAACCUUUGAGAGAGAUGGUUUCAACUUUUAAAAAAAAGGAAAAGUUUCGAACUAUUAUUUUUCUAAAACUCGAGAUAUUGGUAAUGUACAUCAUACAGUUUUUGUCAAGUUCCGAAUUCGGAAAAAAAUUUGAAGGGAUUUUCCUUGUAAGAAUUAAGCAGUUCUGGAAGUUUUUAUUUUCAGAAUACAGUUUCUACACGGAAAAUUUAGCUUUUCGGAAAAAAAUUUCAAAAAAACUUCUUUCAGCUUUCUUGGAACUACAACUACGGCCUGUUCCAGCAAUUCCUACUCUCCAGAAACGUAAAAGUUGACUUGGUCAAUAAUCCCAACUUGGUAGGUUCAAAACAGUCAGUUUUCAGACUUUGCCAAAAUUUAAAAAAAAAAUAAAUAAAAUCGAAGCUCCCAUAGAGGUUUCGGCUGUGGACCGAGUUCAAAAUAUCACUGAUUGUUUCAAAAACUAUGUCGAAGAAAUAUUUUUUUCUUGUUUUUAUUUUUGCUUGCUUCAAAUUCAUCUUCAAUUUAUCUGUUGCAAGUUUUCAAGGUACCGAUCUUCCAAGUUAUAAGAAAUUCAUUUAUCUUGGUCAUCAUAAGCUUUUUGAUUUUUUUUCUUAAUUUCUGCAACAGCUGAAAUUUUCUUAGGUGAUGACGAAAAUGAGUCCCCCGCUGGCGAUGCUCGCCUCUCUGUGGUUCUACAUGACGCCGCAGCCGCCCAAGCCGUCCAUGCACAGCAUCGUUGUUGGUCAAACCAACCAAUAUUCCAUGUUUCACUCAAAGUUUUUGUGUUUCAGGAGACUGGCGUCCGUCGCCGAAAAAUCGCCGAGCCGGCUUCACCGGUCCGGUAUUCGGCCCUACAAGCCUUGUGAUCAACAACGAGUGCGGCGGUGAAGAUCCAGAAGAGCCAGGUAAAUAUCAUUCAUGACUAAUCGAAACUGUCUGACCUGUCUGCGUCUCUUGUCCCUCGCAAAAAACUUUCAGAGGGGCAAAAUAUAUGUCAAUGGGUUACCAUAAAAGUGUACCCGACCGAAUUAAAAAUCCCUUUUCAGGAGGUCCUGGCGAGUCUCGGCGGAUCAAGGCCUUCAAAUGGUUCUGCAAUUAUUUCAACGUUCCAGCAGGUCCGGAUCGCUCCCUCAGCUGCAAAGGUUGGAAAACACAUAAAGUUACAGUAAGAAAGGAUUACUGUAGGUAUGUUGGAUGGGUUCGACGCCGUGCAGCACACAUAUUCCUGGCAUCCAGACUGGGGCAAUAUGUGGCAGGCGAAACCUUGCGACUGUGCUCCGGCACCGUAUGGAGGUGGGUACUGUAGGAAUUACAGUAAGCUUUAGACAAAAACACUUAAGGGAUAUCCUAACCUCUUUUUUGAUGAUUUUAGAAGAAACUCAUUGUCAAAGAAGAACACUAUAAGUAUUUUUGAAUAAUGGGCAAUUAUAUUUUCAGGGCCCCUACCUUACUACGAUCCAAAAGUCUAUCCUCACGUGUUCACUAAAGAAAACGACCGCAACCGAUUACGGUGCGUCUACAGUUUGUACGAAAGUCCGGAAACCUUCCGGUUGGACGAAGGUUUAGUCCUUCUUCUCCUCCAAAAAUCUUGAAAAUAAUUCAGGAAAUUCGCCAUGUCUCAAGCACAAGCCGAAAAUACGACUAACAAAGACUGGCUAUAGAAAUUAG